AUGAGGUCGUGUAAAGACAAGAUCUCCGAUGAACAAGUGGUAGACAAGAUCUUGAGGACUUUACCACCACGAUUAGAUCAUGUGGCUAUUGUAAUUGAAGAGUCAAGGAACUUAGACAUCAUGGAGAUUGAAGAAUUGCAACACUCUCUUGAGGCACAUGAAAUGAGAAUCAAUGAGAGAAGAUCCAAUCAAGAACAGGCACUUCAGGCACGAUCCACUUACAAAGGAAAAGGAAAAGGACUAUGGAAAGGAAAUAAGUCAUGCAGCAAUCAGAAACACCAAGAUCAAGGAUCUAAUGCAGGUAGUGAAUCCUCUAAAGGAAAGAAAAAUGAUCUAUCACAAAAGCAAAAUGAUAGCUCCAUUGGCAACAAGGAAUGGAAGUUUGACAAGAGGAAAGUGAGAUGUCACAACUAUCAAAAGCUUGGUCAUUAUGCACGGGAAUGCUGGCAAGGAGAGGACGCUAAGAAUAAGCCUAAUAAUCAGGCAAACUUGGCACAAGAUGAAGGAUCAGAUUCUGAGGUUGUAAUGCUUAUGGCAACCACAAGCAAUGAAUCCUCCAAUGACAUUUCUUGGUACUUGGAUUCUGGCUGUUCCACUCAUAUGACAGGGAGAAAGGAAUGGUUCAUCCGUUUCGAUGACUCAUCAAAGAGCAAAGUUCAUUUUGCAGAUGAUAGCAGCCUCAUUGUAGAAGGCAUUGGUAGAGUGGCUUUCAGAGACACAAAUGGAAAAGAAACAAUCAUUGAGGAGGUUCUAUAUGUGUCUGGCCUGAAGACAAACCUGUUGAGUCUUGGGCAACUACUGCAAAAGGGAUUUGUAAUGACAAUGGAGGACAAUUGCCUCAAGGUAUUUGACAGAAAUCAGAAACUUGUCAUUCAAGCAAAUUUGUCUCAGAACAGGACGUUUCAAAUUGGGAUGAACAUUCUAAAGCACCAGUGCUUUGCAACCUCGAAGAAUAAGGAGGAAUAG